AUGGUGACCAGUCCCAAGAGCCCCAAGAGCCCGGUCUCUCAGAGCCCCAAUAGCAACCAAGCGUCCAGCCCGCCGGCACCCGUUGUCUCUGGUUCAGGCCCAACACCGCUCGGCGCCGAGGAACAAAACGCAGCUGGCCUUCUCCCGGCCUCGCACUGGACACAGCAGCCACUCGCAGAAGAGGAUCCUGCAGAUGACGGCGCCUCUACUAUCGGUUCCUUUACUUCGAGCACCGCUUCCUUGAGUUCGAAAAUCUUUGAGUACCGCACUAUCCAUGGAAGAACUUACCACGGUGAUGUUGGCAAUGCCGAGGCAUGGGAGCCCAAUGACCAGCGUCACGUUGAGGCCAUGGAGAUCUUCCACCACGCCAUGCUAGUUCAACUGGAUGGCAAGCUCUAUCUUUCUCCGCUUGACAAGAAGAAGGUCCAUAGAGUGCUCGACAUUGCAACAGGCUCUGGCAUGUGGGCUAUUGAUUUUGCCGACGAGUUCCCUAAUGCCGAAGUCAUUGGCACCGACGUUUCCCCUAUCCAGCCGUCCUGGGUCCCUCCAAACGUAAAGUUUGAAAUCGACGAUUGUAACCAAGAAUGGACUUGGGCCGAGAAUAGCUUCGAUUUUAUCCAUAUGCGUAUGCUGAUUGGCGUCGUUGACGGCGAUUGGUCUGCCCUGUUCCGGAAUGCCUUCCGGUGCUGUAAGCCGGGCGGUUACGCGGAGAGUUGUGUUUGUGAUAUCACUUUUGUGAGUGAUGAUGGAUCGGUGAAGGAAGGUAGCGCUAUGGACCAAUGGGGCAAGGUUUUUACAGAGGGCGGUAAAAAGCUAGGCAGGACGUUUUCAGUGUAUGAAGAGGAUUUGCAACGCAAGGGCAUGGAAGCGGCCGGAUUCGUUGAUGUUGAAUUCGUGGACAUUCAAUGUCCCAUAGGGGUCUGGCAUCCUGAGAAGAAACCGGCGGAAAGGGGGCUUUGGUAUAAGAUGGCAGUUGAGGCAGACCUUGAGGGAUAUAUCAACUACAUCUUGCAGGUUGUAAUGGGCUGGACUCCAGAGGAGACCAAGGCUUUUGCUACACACGUCAAGCAGGAAUGGAACAACCCCGAGAUUCACGGGUAUUUCAUGAUCCGUGUGGUAUACGGCCGCAAGCCGGAGUAA